UGGGUGGGUGAAUGGCAGGUGAAGGCUGUCAAGGUUUGGCUUUCAGAUGGCAGAAGUGAAACCUUUGGCAAUUCAGAUGGACCGUAUCAAGAGUACGCGUUCAAACUUAGUGAGCGUUUCACCUCACUGUCCCUCUGGGGGAACGGAGCAGGAACACGUCUUGGAGCCAUCAAAUUCAAGACCAACCUGGAUGGAGAAUUUUUUGCAAGGAUGACGAGCUGGGGCUUAAAAAGAGAAUAUCCCAUUGAUGUCAGCUCUGGAUUUUGUCUGGGAGUUGAAGGAAGAGCUGCUUCAGAUAUUGAUAGCAUGGGAUUUAUGUUUCUCAGUGCCGUUCAAUCAACCGUUCUCACAAAUGUCAACUAUCCCACAAUAAAAGAACUGAUACCACAAGUGACCGUAGAAGAGAUCAAAGCCGUCACUUUCAGAAACGACACCUCUGCCACACAACAGCAAAAAGUUGAAACUUCAAAGAAAGUGACCAAAAAGUCUUCAUGGUCAGUGUGUAACCGCUUUACCGCAACAUUUAGUAUGGAAGUGAAGGCAGGGAUUCCUGGGGUUAUAGAAGCUUCUACAGGAUUCAGUUUCAGCGUUGGACAAGAAGGCACUUACAGUCAUGAGCAGACGGAUGAGACCAAAUUGAAAGGAAUUUUCUGGAAAUGUGUAACUAUGCAAAAUACAACGAUGGUGACAAUCAACAAAAUAUAAAAAUAAACAAAAUAGAAAAGCCUUUAUCCAAAGUACUAAUGUAAGACAUUAUAAGUUGAUGCAAACUGUGUUUACUCAUUUAUCCUGGCUAGUCUCUU